AUGAAUAGACAAAGAAGAAAAGCAGAAAAGCAGAGAAAUGCUGAAGACAGAGGGCAGUGGGCCACUAAAACAGAAUAUAUUCUGGUUGUUGCAGGAUUUGUAGUUGGCCUGGGCAACGUGUGGAGAUUUCCUUACCUCUGCUACAAGAAUGGUGGAGGUGCCUUUCUGGUGCCAUAUGGUCUGUUAGCUGUGUUUUGUGGGAUACCUCUGUUCCUGUUGGAGACUUCAGUCGGUCAGUGCACCCAGGAAGGAUUCAUCACCUGCUGGAGGAAGUUGUGUCCACUGGCACAAGGAAUUGGAUACGGACAAUUGGUCAAAAAACUUUAUGACUUCACCUACAUUAUAAUCCAAGUCUGGGCUCUCCUCUACUUGGUGUUCUCGUUUGGAUCCCAGCUCCCUUGGGCCACCUGUGAGAACACCUGGAAUACAGCUAACUGUGUGGGUCUUCAAAUUUUGGAUUCUCCUUCAAUGAAUUUGACAGUAAAUCAGACCAUGCUGAGAAACACCACCUCUGCUGCAAUUGAGUUCUGGGAACGACGGGUGCUGGGCGUGUCUGGAGGCAUCGAGGAGCUGGGCGGUGUGAGAUGGGAGCUGGCUUUGUGUCUCCUGGCCGGCUGGAUGUUCUGCUACUUCAGUAUCUGGAAAGGCAUCAGAUCUUCUGGAAAGGUAGUUUACUUCACAGCCACUUUCCCCUAUGUGAUGCUCCUCAUCCUACUCAUCAGAGGCUUGACUCUACCAGGAGCUUGGGAAGGGAUCUACUACUACCUGUAUCCAGACCUGAACCGCCUGGCUAAACUUCAGGUCUGGAUAGAGGCAGGAUCUCAAAUAUUUUUUUCCUACAGCCUGACUGGAGGAGGUCUACAUGUCCUGGGCAGCUAUAAUGAUUACAACAAUGACUGUUAUAAGGACUGUUUCUGGCUCUGUCUGCUGAACAGUGGGACCAGUUUUGUUGCUGGAUUUGUCGUCUUCUCAGUACUUGGAUUCAUGGCUCAGAAACAGGGUGUUGCUGUCGACACUGUGGCUGAGUCAGGUCCUGGUUUGGCCUUCAUUGCUUACCCUCAGGCAACAGCCUUGAUGCUUUUGCCACAGUUCUGGACUGUCUGCUUCUUCCUGAUGCUUAUUCUACUGGCUGUUGACUCACAUUUUGUAAUAGUGGAGAGUUUUAUCACCACAGUGAGUGAUUUGUUUCCGAAGUUGUUUCGUGCACCAGUGAGACACGAGAUCUUCGUCCUCAUCAUCUGCGUAUCAAGCUUCCUCGUACAUCUCAUCUUGGUUACAGAGGGGGGAAUUUAUGUGUUCCAACUCAUUGACUUCUAUGGCUCCACCAGAGUCUGUCAGAACUUUCUGGCUAUUUGUGAAUGUCUGGCUGUGGGUUGGAUUUUUGGUGCUGACCGCUUUUCUAACAUCAUCGAGGACAUGACAGGACACAAACCAUCUGCUUUCUUCAAGCUGUGCUGGAAAUACACCAUUCCUCUGCUGUCACUGAUUUCCUUCAUCCUGUACCUGGUUGAUUACAAACAUCUCAGGAUUAAUGACUGGUACGUUUACCCUGACUGGGCGUACGCACUGGGAUGGACUAUGACAUUCUCCUCCAUUGUCAUGGUGCCACUGUGUGCCGCUGUACAGAUGAUUUUGACAGCAGGGACCUUCAGACAGCGUUUGUCCGUCCUUUGUCGAUCUGCUGAAGAUCCAGCCUGGCAGAGGAGAAAAACGGGAGAGGAGGGAACGACCGUUGAACUGACGUCGCCAGCAGUGACAACUUAGUGUCAAAGUCAAAUUAACUACACAUUUCGGCAUCAUACUGUAUAACAUGGUGUCAAUUCCAGUUCCAGGCUAAGUCAGUAUUUUGGUUGCCCUCAAAGAGACAGUUGAAUAUAUAAAUUCAUCUACUUUAUUUCAUAUUAUGUUAACGCUUUUUCAUUUUAUCAUUAUUGGCUUUAGUAUUAACUCAGUAAUCAGUAACUAGCUAUGAAAGAAAAAGUCUAGCAAAAAAUAAUGGCAAGCAAGGCAUUCAUGUGCAGAACUAUUCACACAACUUCAACACAGAAAUGUACUUUGUCAAAAGCACUUUGACGAAGGAACGAUUUGAUCAACAACAAUAAAGAUGGAAUUUUGGGGAACGCAUUCCAUGUUUGGCGUCAUAGUGCAGCUGUAUACAAAUGUAUUUGCCUUCCCAUCCCUCAUUAAAGUUUCUUCCCUCUGAGUUCACCUUUAUUCUCUUGGACACUCAGCUGCUAUGAACAUUACUAGCUACAAACACUGCUGGAAAUGGCAAUGUAUACUCAGGUAUACAGACACCUAGCAACCCAGCACCUCAGAUGACUACAUAGGC